AUCCAUGUGAGGGUGAUGAAAUCAGUUUCAUCAAAUGUGUUCGACAUGCAGUCAAUUGGGCCCUUGAAAAUGACAUUCUUUAUGUGGUUAAUGGGUGAAGCGUUGUGCGACCACGUACUGCAAAAUGACAACAUCCAGAAACUGAUCCAUUCUAAAGAUCUUCAUUUCGAUCUUGUGAUCGUUGAAGUCUUUAUUAACGAAUGCGUCUUAGGAUUCGCUCAUAAAUUUAACGCUCCCAUUAUACAAGUCUGCACAUACGGAGGAGGAAAUUUCAUGGCUGACUGGGUCGGAAGUCCUAAUCCUUACUCUUACGUCCCCGAUGAGUUCCUUCAUUACAAGGAAGAUAAGAUGAAUUUCUGGGAAAGAAUGUACAAUACAGUCGUUGGUACACUGAGACACGUCGGAAGGCAGCUGAUCCACGUGCCGAAACAAAAUGCCGUGAUGCAGAAAUAUUUCAACUAUACAGACAAAUUUCCACCCGUGUGGGAGCUGGAAUACAGAACGUCCUUGGUCCUUCUCAACUCACACUUCAGUCUCAGCUACCCGAAGCCUCUCUCGCCAAACUACGUGCAGGUUGGCGGAAUGCACGUGAAACCUCCGAAGAAGCUUCCACAGGAAUUGCAGAAAUAUCUUGACGAAGCUCCACAUGGAGUGAUCUACUUCAGCAUGGGCUCAAACCUGCAAAGCUCGGAAAUGCCUGAAUCAAAAAGAAAAGUUUUCCUUGAAGCGUUCUCCAAGUUUAAGCAACGGGUAUUAUGGAAAUGGGAGACGGACUCGUUGCCAGGGCAACCAAAAAACGUAAGGCUCGGGAAAUGGCUGCCUCAAUCCGACAUUCUGGGUGAGCGCUCGUAUAUCGGUAAACUCUGUACGUAAAAAAAGUAAAUUGUC